AUGGCUCUAACUGCAAAUCUGAGUGAGGAGGGACUGAGUGCAGCCAGUGCCCGAGCCACUGGGCUGCUGGACAGGGACAUAGAUGCUGUUUGUGUUGCUCCUAGACAUGUAGAAAGAUCGGACUUUCAGUCGUUCUUUGAAAAACUAAAACAUCAAGAGGAAAUAAAAAAUCUAAGAGCAGUUGAAGAUGCAUAUGUACCAGUUGUCAAGUUUGAGUUUGAUGGCAUAGAGAUUGAUCUCGUGUUUGCAAGACUGUCUGUGCCAACUGUUUCUGGUAAUCUUGAUCUCAGAGAUGACUCACAUCUCAGAAGCCUGGAUAUAAUAUGUAUACGGAGCUUAAAUGGUUGCAGAGUUACUGAUGAAAUACUACACCUAGUGCCAAAUAAAGAGAACUUCUGGCUCACGCUCUGUGCAAUUAAACUGGGGGCAAAACGAUGUGGCAUUUACUCCAAUAUGCUGGGAUUUCUUGGUGGGGUUUUCUGGGCCGUGCUAGUAGCAAGAACGUGUCAGCUCUAUCCAAACGCUUUGGCUUCUACUCUGGUUAACAAGUUCUUGUUUUUUUCAAAACGGGAGUGGCCAAAACCUGUAUUGCUGAAACAACAUGAAGAGAGCAAUCUUAAUUUACCAGUACGGGACCCUAGGGUGAACCCGUCAAACCGAUAUCAUGUAAUGCCUAUCAUCACCCGAGCCUAUCCACAGCAGAACUCUACGUACAACGUAUCUACAUCAACGUGAGCGGUAAUGGUAGAGGAGCUCAAACAUGGUCCUGCGGUUACAAAUGAGAUUCUCCAAGGAAAAUCAGACUGGUCAAAGCUCUUUGAACCACUGAACUUCUUUCAGAAAUACAAACAUUAUAUUGUGCUGACUGCUAGUGCCUCUACUGAAGAGCAUCACUUAGAGUGGAUUGGCCUUGUCGAAUCUAAAAUUUGUGUGCUGGUUGGAAACUUGGAGAGGAAUGAAUUUAUAUCUAUUGCACAUGUAAAGCCACAGUCUUUCCCUGGCAACCGAGAGCUUGUAAACAGUGGUGGAUAUGUGUCAAUGUGGUUUCUUGGAAUCGUAUUUAGGAAAGUGGAAAAUGCAGAAAGUGUUAACAUUGAUUUAACGUACGUUAUAUGGUCGUUCAAAGAUACAGUUUACAGCCAGGCUAACCACCUCAAUGUGCUAAAGGAAGGUAUGAAGAUUGAGGCAGCUCAUGUGAAGAGAAAGCAUCUCCACUAUUUUUUGUUACAGAAAAGAAAAAAGCAAAGCAUGCCAUGUACUAGUCAAAAUGCUCAUGGGCUUCCGUGCAAAAGGACUUCUUCAGAUGGAAGCCGUUUGGACAGUUGCAGAGACGUGGACUCCAGAACACCAGAUAAUUCCUCUUUGUUACAUAAGGUUUCUAAAUUGGACACUUCUACAGCAGAGAGAGAAAGAAAUGCCGUGUAUCAGAAAUCUAAUGGUACUAACAACAGAGAGAAGAUACCUCGUGUAGUUGUGCCAUCAGUGUCUAACGGACUCUCCAUUCCUGUUACUGAUUCAAAAGUGGAGGCUACAGUUGCAAUAAGAACAUUGGGACCUCCAGUUGGUUGCACCAUUCCAGGACAUAACACAAUUUCUCAACUCAGAGCACAUUUUGUCCAAGGACAGCGUGAAUUAAGUGGGACUCUGAUUACAGAUCCUAAGAAUGCUGCACCUAAACGACCUUAUUCACCGACCACUGAAGGACCUCAUUCACCUACAUCAGAAGAAUGCCCCCAAAAACCAGUAGACAGAGAAAAGUUAACUGGCCAGGAUUCAGCAUUCAAAGAUGGUGGCAAUCCAGAAGAUGUCAGCAGCAGAUCUACAGACAAUGUAAUUUUGAAGGGGUUUUACUCAGUGGACUAACUGGAAAGCUGAAUGGACUGUUCUAGUGCCUAGACUACCUCACAUAAAUACUGUACGCAUUUGUUGAUGUAAACAAAAAUAUGCUUUUUAGUUUAACUUAUUUCAGUCUUCAUUUCCCAAAUAUAUUCUUGUAAGAGUUAUCCUUAUUAGUCUUUUUAAAAGUCUUACCUGUCACUAGCUGAAACAGCUUUUGAAAAAGCCACAAAAACCAACCUGUCCUGUGACUUGGAUUCAGAAUGUAUGUAAACAGGUUAACUAGUCACUGCAACCACAUUGUGGUUUCAAGUGUGUAUGAGCGUGCUUGUAUUCAUUUGUGCUUUCCUAGUGCAUGUGCAUAUAUUAUUCUUAUCUUAAAUUAUUUUCCUGUUGGGCACAUACACUCCUGUGCAUGUAUCACAAUGGUGCUCAGCUUCCUCAGCUAGUAGCUUUCCACUGCCUAACACAGCCAUGCACUACCCAAGUAUUGCCUCCCACGGAGGCCCAUAAAUAAUUUAAAUAUUGAAGAAACUGCAGCAGAGGAUGCUACCAAGGUAUGGAGAUGAUAGACAUGUCCCAUGCCAUUGUAUCUGAUUUUUGUCUUAAGACUGCUGCAGCAUGAGACUUGAGGGGUUUCUUUGUUGUCACUGGGUAGUAAAGCUAAACUCAGAACACACAGCUGAAGAUGUAACUUAAACAUUGCAAUAGCCAAGGCUGUUGUGACACUGCUACCCACUUGCAAGGUACAGUCUUGAAAGCAGUUGGCAUGCAGAAAUUGGUUUCAGAUAAACCCUGAAAGCUGUUCUACAUGGUUACAUGAAAACUUGUAGUCUGAAGGUCCAGUUCUGUGAACUGAUAACACUGCUUACCCAGUUAAGUGCGUUAGGGUUUUUUGAGGGGUGGGGAGAAAUUCUGAUCAUAUGAAACAAAUGUUAUGCUAUCUGUCUAUUGUAAUUUCUUUAUAACUUGGUGUUUUUGUAAAUGAAGUUGUACAUUUUUCCAGAGUAUUUUUGUAUGUACUGUAAAAUACUGUCUUCCAAAGAGAAAUUUAAAAUCUUCAGUCUUU